AUGAAAUCCAUUUCCAUCUUUGUCAGUCUUCUUUCAUUGGCUGGAUCAGUCUCAGCGGGAGGUUUCGGUGGUCAUUCCAUUGGAGGUUCAUUCAACUUUGGUUGUGGUUCUUCAAUCACUGGUAAAGCAACGAACCAACAAAAAGAUUGGUGUUCAGGUAAAGGAAGUUUCUUCACCGAUUUCAAAGGUGGACCCCUCUGUUGCUCAGAUCACACUCGACAACCUCCAUCAGGUAUUACUUGUCCUAAAGGCUGGAGUCAACAUUUCCAAGCUGGAUGUUGUAUCCCUCCUAAGGAAGUCUCUCCUUGUGAUUGUGGAGAAGGUUACACUUACGACAAGAACGCUCACAAGUGUGUGAAGAAUACCGGCAAAUGCCAUGGUGGUCAGUGGUGGCAUGAUCGAUCCGACACUUGUUGUGAUAAUGGAUGGGAAAACAAUCCACCAAAAGGAAACUGUCCUAGUGGUAUCAAAUGUCCUUCUGGUUGGUUCUGGCACAAGGAUCAAAAGAAGUGUCUUCCCAAUGGUCCUCAUUCACCUGAACCCGAUUGUCCAGAUUGGGACGAUCACAACCACUGCUGUGGUGGACAAACCGGACCUUCUCAACAAGCUGGGCACGGUGGUGGUAAUCACGGAAAUCAUGGUCAGUCAAGUAAUGAUCAAGGCGGCAAGUUCCCUUGGGGAGGCAAGUUUAAUCAAGCUGACUUUGAAAACUGGUGGUCCAAAUUUCAAAAUCAUAAAGGUAACCACAAACGUCACCUUCAUUACGGUCAACAAGCUCUUACAUUCCCUCAAACCGAUCUAGACAAAAUGUAUUGUCCUGGUAGUCUUCAUGCCUGUACCGUCUCAACUGCUUCGGGCGGUGAAUGGGCCUACGAAUGUGUUGACUUUGCUACUGAACUUGAAGCGUGUGGUGGUUGUGUAGAUCAAGGUGGUGCUGAUUGUACCCAGAUCCCUCACUCACUCUCCGUAGGUUGUGAGCUUGGUGCUUGCGCGGUUUAUACUUGUAAACAAGGAUUCUAUGCCAAUGGCACAGCAUGUGCUCCCAACAAAUCAGUUAUUCCCAACUGA